CUCGAUGUUAAAACGAACCACGAUAUAAUCCUGCAAGACGAAUGUCGAGCAAAGGCAAGUCUCCGCCGGCCGCGCAUGCGCUCACGACGAUGCGCAUUUUCCAGCUCACGUUGGCCUUGCUUUUCUUGAGCACAGUGACAUACAUGGCCAAGUUUACCACGAUCUGGACCGCUCCGUCGUUCAAGUUCUCGGUGGAUGAAGCACAUGCGGAGAACUUGGCGCGUUUGCACGAAGUGUUGGAGAUGCGAGGGCCGAAUCGAUUUUUUGUCGCCGACUUCGACGCUGCUGACACGUAUUUGCGCACAGUCAACUUGGCGGAAGGUCCUGUCUUCGUGCUCCUGACCAGCAGCGAAGCCAACGGUACGUAUUGGUGCCCGGACUGUGAAGACGCGCGUCAGCCCAUCACGGACGCGUUCGCGCGCGCUCCCACCAACACGCGCCUCCUGGAAGUCAGCGUCGGUUCUCCCCAAGACUGGAAAGACGACUUCAAUCCGUUCCGUACCAGGUCGCUUUUUCACAUCCGCAAAAUCCCGUCCUUGCUCAAGUACGACGGCGACCUCAAGACGUCGCAACUGUUGUCGGAAACGUUUGCGAUGCAGCCGGCGCUCUUGGACUUUGUGUUCAAAUCGAAGCCCCGUGUCGAGAUGAGCCAUCCCGCGUCGUCGUACAAGACUAUUCGCGACGGCAACGAGAUGCUCGCGUUCCUGGAAGCGUACCAAGGCGACUACCCCCUCUUCCUGUACUUUACAUCUGGGAUCAAACGUCGCACGGGUCGCCCGUGGUGCCCGUACUGCGACAUCGCCGACGUCCCGCUGCACUUCUACUUUGACAAGCACGCCCCCAAGCACGCGGUCUUGUUGACGCUCGUGGUUGCCGACUCGUUCUCCGAGUGGAAGGAUAGGGACAAUCCGUUCCGGCAGCAAAGCGUGGCUCCUGUACGUGCUGUUCCCACGCUGUCCCGCGUCGUGCGUGCGUCGCCGACGGACCCGGUCUCGACUCGCACGUACUCACUGGCCUUGAAGGACAUCCAGGCGCUCCAGUCGUUCUUUGAAUCCCCCCACUAGAAAACUCAAAUCCUAUUCGAAUUCGGGACGGUUAGCUACGCCGAUGUGGACGCAUGGAUGUGGCCCGAGGUUUGGAAUGGCGGCAGCAACUCCCGAUCCACAGCUGUGUGGACAAACCGGUCGAGUUCCGUGUACCCGCCGAUGUACUGGCCUUGUACGAAUAUCUGCGGCACGGUCGUCACCGGCUUUCCCACGAUGUGACACAGACUUGGAUAUGAAAUGUCUUUGCCAACGAUCACUUCUUUGUACGACCACUUGUUCCGGGCCAGCACGUCCUUGGCCAAGCUGCAGAAUUUGCAGGCGGGCUUGGAGUACACGAUGGCGUCGACGUCAUCGUAGCGAGGCGGUGGCACGUCCUCUUUCCCGACCUUGUUGUCGUCACUUAGAUGGAGGCCGCACUCCUGUGCGUGGCCACGAAAUCUCGUGGCCCGAAUGUCCGUGUCUCGGUCGGUCACAGGACGGCUCGAAUGGGCGUCGCCGACGGUGGCAUACCCGAGGGCUUUCAGUGGAUGGUACGGCAGGUUGUGUCGCGCCAUGUACGCGUCCACGUCUUGCUGUGUCCAGUGCAAAAUGGGACAAAUCUUGAGACGUCCAUUGUGAACAUGCACUAUGUCGAGACCGCGGCGGUGGCUCGUCUGGUCCGCUCGCAGCCCGACCAAGAGUGCGGUCGCGCCGAGCUCGGUUAAGCCGCGUUCCAUCGGCUCGACUUUACGGAGGCGUCCGUACAACUGGUGGUCCUCUGCCGACGACGACUCGUACAGUUUUCCAUGCACGGCUUCCAUGUGCGCGGGGGACAUUUUCGGCUGGUAAAUGUGCAGAUUGAGAUCCAGCGCUUGUUGCAACGUUGCUGCAAACGCAUAUGUUUCGGGUGGUAAGUAUCCCGUGUCGAUCCACACGACGGGCACGCGAGCGGUGAGCUGCGAUACCAAGUGCAGCAUGACCGCCGAUUGAAUGCCGAAACUUGAGCUAAGUGCGAGGGACGGUCCGAACGUGUCGGCGGCCCACAUCACGACCUCUGCCGCGGAUUUCGACCGGAGGAUCGCGUUCACGUGGGCCACGUACGCUGGCGAGAACGUGGUCGGUGGCGGCACGUCGAGUCCCCGCCACGUCCAUUCAUCAGCGGUGUACCGUUGCAUGUCGAUGUUUGUGCACGCCGGGGCAAUACCGUUGGUCGCGCGGUACGAGCAGCACUGCCGCUUUUCCUCGAUCGCAU